UUCGCUCACGUGAGGCACAACACAUUCGCACCCUCCACUCGAUUUCUCUAGGGUUUCCUCUCCCAUUCGAGCCGCCUUCGUCCCUGUCCACCUCGAUUUCUCUAGGGUUUCCUCUCCCACUCGAGCCGCCUUCGUCCCCUUCCUCUUCGUCGCCAUCCACCGCCGAAGUCGAGCUCCUACUUGGGCUUCGUCGCCAUCUCCGACUUCUUGUGAGUCGCCAUCCACCUCCGAAGAAGACCAUCUCCGACUUCCUGUAACUCGCCAUCCAUCGCCAUCCAUCGCCAUCCAUCUUCGACUUGAGCUUCGUCGCCAUCUCCACAAAACUCCAGCUCCGACUUCGUUUUCGUCGCCAUCUCCGCGGAAGACCACCUUUGAUUUCGAGUUUCACACCACCAGCGUAUCUUCAUCUUCUUCCACGUGAGCGAUCUUGGUCUUCGACCAUCGAUCUGGAGUCUUCGUCCACCGGAAGCGAUCUUUUUCUCUGUUUCAGCGAGUGAUCUUGGUCUCUGUUUCAGCGAGCGAUAUUCGUGUUCGCCAUCUCCGCCGAAGUCGACCUCCGAUUCCGACUUGCAGACCGCUGUUCAUCCUCGUCGCUAUCUUUGUCCACGAUCUGAAGCAUAGCAAUCGAGAAAAGCCCCCUUUCCAAGAUUUUCCCUCACUCGUAAACUUCUCUGGAACCUUUCACGUCCCUCCAGCCAGCCCAGCCUGAAUAUCCAAUAGGAAGCCAAUCUACAGCAUCCUUUACCAUUAGGAAAAUUAAUAUUACAUACAAGAGUUCUAGACAUAAACUCCAAUGGCUGCUUCAGAAGAAAAUAGUGCAUUGUUCCCAAUUUUCAUUUUGACAAUUAUUGCUCUGCCUUUACUACCUUAUACAAUAAUGAAACUUUGCCGUGCUGCGUCCAAGAAAACAAAAAGCAUACAUUGUGAGUGUUCAGUAUGCUCUAGGUCAGGAAAGUACCGCAAAUCAAUUUUUAAACGGAUCUCAAACUUCUCAACAUGUAGUAACUUGACACUUGUACUGCUUUGGGUUGUCAUGGGCAUACUGGUGUACUACAUUAAACAUAUAAGUCGUGAGAUUCAAGUAUUUGAGCCAUUUAGCAUCCUUGGAUUAGAACCUGGAGCUUCUGAUUCAGAAAUAAAGAAGGCAUAUAGAAGGCUCUCCAUUCAAUACCAUCCCGAUAAAAAUCCAGAUCCAGCGGCCCACAACUAUUUUGUGGAGUCCAUAUCUAAGGCCUAUCAGGCUCUGACAGAUCCAGUUUCCCGUGAGAAUUUUGAGAAGUACGGCCAUCCAGACGGUAGACAGGGGUUUCAAAUGGGAAUAGCUCUUCCUCAGUUUCUGCUGAACAUUGAUGGAGCAUCUGGUGGGAUACUGUUACUUUGGAUUGUUGGCAUCUGUAUUCUGUUACCAUUGGUGAUAGCUGUUGUAUACCUAUCACGAUCAUCAAAAUAUACUGGAAACUAUGUCAUGCACCAAACUCUUUCAGCCUAUUACUACUUUAUGAAACCUUCUUUGGCUCCAAGCAAAGUUAUGGAUGUCUUCAUUAAGGCCGCAGAGUACAUGGAGAUUCCAGUUCGUAGGACUGAUGGUGAACCGCUGCAGAAAUUGUUUCUUUUAGUCAGAAGUGAGUUGAAUUUGGACCUUAAAAAUAUUAAACAAGAGCAGGCAAAGUUUUGGAAGCAGCAUCCUGCACUUGUUAAGACACAAUUGCUGAUUCAAGCCCAGUUAACUCGUGAAACGGAUGCUUUGUCGCCAGAAUUGCAGCGUGACUUCAAACGUGUACUCGAACUAGCACCUCGGCUCCUUGAAGAGCUGAUGAAGAUGGCAAUUAUACCACGCACUGCUCAGGGGCAUGGUUGGCUAAGACCUGCAAUUGGUGUUCUUGAGCUUUCUCAAGCUAUUAUCCAGGCUGUUCCUCUCAGUGCAAGGAAGGCAGUUGGGGGAUCUAGUGAAGGCAUUGCACCUUUUCUGCAGCUGCCUUAUUUUAGUGAGGCUAUCAUGAAAAAGCUAGCCCGCAAGAAGGUGCGGACAUUUCAGGAGCUACAGGAUAUGACUCUUGAAGAACGGUCUGAGCUGCUUAUUCAAGUAGUUGGCUUCUCUGUUGCUGAAGUGCAGGAUGUGGAGAAGGUUCUUGAAAUGAUGCCUGCCUUGACACUUGAAGUUACUUGCGAGACUGAAGGGGAGGAGGGCAUACAAGAGGGUGAUAUUGUCACAAUUCAUACUUGGGUGACGCUGAAACGUUCCAAUGGCUUGAUUGGUGCCCUCCCUCACGCCCCUUACUAUCCAUUUCCCAAGGAAGAAAGUUUCUGGUUUCUGCUUGCAGAUCCCAACUCAAAUAAUGUCUGGUUUUCCCAGAAGUUUGGGUUCAUGGACGAAGCUACAGCUAUAACUGCUGCUUCGAAAGCAAUAGAGGAGACAAUGGAAGGGGCUGGCGCAACUCCAAAGGAAACUAGUACAGCCGUUAGAGAAGCAGUAGAAAGGGUGAAGAGCGGGUCAAGACUAGUGAUGGGCAAAUUCCAGGCACCUGCAGAGGGAAACUACAAUUUGACAUGUUACUUGUUGUGUGAUUCCUGGAUAGGUUGUGACAAAAAAACAAGCUUGAAGGUGAAAGUUCUGAAACGGACUCGAGUGGGCACUCGGGGCGGCUAUGUGGCUGAGGAGGGAGCUGCUCCGGAGGAUGGUGUCGAAGAGGAAGAGGAGAUUGAAGAAGAGGAAUACGAUGAUUACGAGAGCGAGUACAGUGAAGACGACGAGGAUAAACAGAAUGAUAAGAAUAAAAAAGCUGCUCCUGCCAAAGGCACCGCGCAAGGGAAAGACAGCAAGUCCAGUUCAGAAGGCUCAUCAGGAUCUGAUGAGGAGUAAAACACCUCUCUCUUUCUCUCUCGUCAUUGACAGAAAAAAAAAAUUUUAGUCCUUUUUGUUUUUUCUUGAAAAAACACCCUAAACCCAAUAGUACCACCAUAGCAAUACUUCGAUCAAAAGUUGCUUGUGUAGACAUGGUGAAAUCUCCUGUUAUUGAUACUACAACUUCUGGGUUUUAACCAACCCUAUGUCAGCAAUUUAAGUGCCAGUCUCUUUUCUUUC